AUGACUGAUAAUAAAAAAAAUUCAAUUCUCGUUUUUCCCUCUAGGCUGGUUUUUGAAAAAAAUUAUCCAGCGUAUGGCUCCUACAAAGCCAUUAAAAAAAAAAAUACAAGAGAAUACGAAAAAAAGAUGAUGUAUUGGGUGGUGUUUGCAUUGUUUACAAAAAAAAAGCUCUUUGCAGACUUACUGUUAGGAGUUUGGUUCCCAUUUUAUUAUGAAAUCAAGAUCAAAAAAAUGAUAUGGCUCCUCUCACCAACCACCAAGGGCUCCACAAUUCUUUAUAGAAAAUUUGUCCAUCCAUGGUUGUCUACGGUCAAAGUGUCCUUGCGGAGAAAUUACGUCAGUAUGGAAGUGAUCAAGUAGAAGGACGAGAACAUCGCUUGAGGAAAGCAAAGUCUUGGUAUGGUGGAAUGGAAUCAUUACAAAAUGACUACAACCCUAUAAAUGAAACUGGUGGUAUCACAGAAGAGGAGGAUGAAGAUGAAAGACCUGUUAGUCCAGAUCCUGAGAGUACUAAAUUAAGUGAAGACAUCACAGAGAAAACACGAAAAACGAAAGAUAAAAAUUACAGCUCAGCAACGCUGCCAAGAUCUUUUGCCAGGUCUUCAAACUAUUCAAGAUUAUAUGAAGAUYAUAAUGGACAGCCAUUGUCAAGUCAAUCAUACUCAUCACAAGAACCCCUGGAUUACGAGGUACCUUUAGCGCAUGGAGACAUGUCUGCUACUCUUCCAAGGAGCCAUACUUCUAAGAAAGGUUCCAAAAGGGCUGCUACARCAAAGACKGCUACCCGRCACAGCUCAAGGAUCAAUAAACAGACGAAAAAUCCUAAUGCUGCGAGGUCACUACCUUCAGUUCCAAAAGUUUAGUUUGUGUUAUGCAAUAUGRAAUCAAUAGACAAUGUGUAACGACGCAAUUWUGAACAGCAGAUCAUUUUGGGAGAUCACUUUUAUGACCGUUGAAAUAGUCCCAAGAAAAGCUUUUGUUUUUGCAUUUUAUGUGCAAAAAUGGCAGAACUAUUAUCAGAAUAAGUUGUGAGUUAAUCGUAAGAGAAUUUAAGUAAACAAAAAGACCUUUUGAUGACUAAAUUGCUCUGUAGUGCGUGAAUCAAAAAUCAAUGCGAAAAAAAAUCAACUUACAGCGAAAAUUAAAGAAAAAGAAUUCAAGGGAAAAGUAAAAAYAGGUUUUGAGAACUAUUUUAGUAGACGGGAAAAAACUGCAAGUAAUAGUCGUUGUGGUUUGUUUUACAAAUUGUCGUCGCUACACACUGCCUUAAGUUGAUGUUAAACGGCGUCCAUAUUGRUGGUUCAUGACAUAGAAUUUCUUAUGUAUUUAUUGCUCAUGACACCAACAUGGCCGCCUAACUUUAGUUUCUUGAAGCUCGAGGGAUUUACUGAAAACCAGCAAUUUUKUCAUAAUUUGUAUAGAGGAAAUUGAAGAAAAGUUGUCACUUUCGAAACGUAGAUCAUAGAUUAUAUACACUGCGAAGAAAACUUAGUAGGAUAUGGGAUACUCUAAUUUGACUAAAACAUUUCAUCGUGACUACAUGAAUUUAAUUUAUUAUUUAGUCAUUUAGUUAUAUCCGCACUACCAUUUGGAAGAUUUCUUUGUCUCAAGCUUGCCGCUCAGUUAAUCAAAAUUGUAGUAUAUAUGUUGAACAAUGCCAUAGCUAUUUAAGCAGUAAAAUUCAAUCGAAAAUUUGAAAAUUUCAGAUUCAGCUGCUGUACAUAUAUUAAGCAGAUAUACCCUCUUUUAAAGAAAACCAGCACGCUGAAGGUUUCCAAACUGUAAAUUGUCCUUUUAAGUGUAUCACAGUACAUUCACUAAAACCGUGAAAUUGUUCAUAAAGUUAUGGAAAUUAGUACAGAACGCUUUGUCUUCUUUAAUUUGGUGCAGUCUGGUUCGGYCUCUUACAAGAGAAGUGUUUCAUGGGAAAAUGGAUGUGGAAUGAAUUCAUAUAUGCACACUGUUAUUACUGUUCACUUUAUUAACUAAAUGUACAUUAAAGAAAUAUUCGGAAUCGA